UCGGAGCGACAGUGGAACUCCGAAGUUGCGCCGAACCUUGGCCUUGACCGUCAGAGCUCCUGGCGCGAUCCCUCCCGCUGUCCUUCUCCGCCGCCACCCGCUGUCCUUCUCCGCCGCCACCCGCUGUCCUCCGCGUCCAGCCCUCUGCGCCAGCAUGACGGGCUCGCUGUUCAAGGCAAACUUCUGGAGCACGGACAUUCUCAGCACUGUCGGCUACGAUAGCAUCAUCCAGCAUCUGAACAAUGGCCGCAAGAACUGCAAAGAAUUUGAAGACUUUUUAAAAGAAAGGGCAGCAAUUGAAGAGAAAUAUGGCAAAGAUCUGCUGAGUCUCUCCAGGAAGAAGCCAUGUGGACAGUCCGAGAUCAAUACCUUGAAGAGAGCCCUUGAGGUCUUCAAGCAACAAGUAGACAACGUGGCCCAGUGUCACAUCCAGCUUGCGCAUACGCUAAGAGAAGAGGCCAGGAAGAUGGAGGAAUUCAGGGAAAAGCAAAAGCUGCAGCGGAAAAAGACAGAAACUAUAAUGGAUGCUGCCCACAAACAAAAGAAUUCUCAAUUCAAGAAAACCAUGGAUGCCAAGAAGAAUUAUGAGCAGAAGUGUCGGGACAAGGAUGAGGCGGAGCAGGCCGUCCACCGCAGUGCCAAUGUGGCCAACCCAAGGCAGCAGGAAAAGCUUUUUGUGAAACUGGCAACUUCAAAGACUGCAGUAGAGGAUUCAGAUAAAUCGUACAUGCUGCACAUCAACAUGCUGGAGAAGGUCCGGGAAGACUGGCAGAGCGAGCACAUAAAGGCCUGUGAGGUGUUUGAGGCUCAAGAAUGUGAGCGAAUCAACUACUUCCGGAAUGCGUUGUGGUUACAUGUGAAUCAGCUGUCACAGCAAUGUGUCACAAAUGAUGAAAUGUAUGAACAAGUCCGUAAGAGUCUGGAAAUGUGCAGCAUUGAAAAGGACAUCCAGUAUUUUGUCAACCAUCGAAAAACUGGACAGACCCCACCAGCACCCAUCAUGUAUGAGAAUUUCUACUCGCCUCAGCGGAAUGCAGUCCCACCUGGAAAGACCACAGGGCCCAAUGUAGCAAGGAGAGGACCUCUCCCAGUUCCUAAACGUUUACCAGAUGACCCUGAUUAUUCCUUGGUUGAGGACUACACUUUGCUCUAUCAGUAGCACCGUGGUGAAAAGAAAGCUUUCCUCAGUUACUGCUUCUGUGACGUGAAAAGAGGCCCCGAGAGCAGCACAAUCCGUAACCAAAUCGUGUCAAUCAUGAAGACUUCCGAUGUGAACCCUUGUGGAAAAUGUUUUGAUAUUUUAAAUUUACAGUAGACAUUUGACUCAACCUAGCCAAGUAGAGGUCUGCAGAGUUCUUUUUUGUUUUUCUCCGAAAGUUUACAUACUGCCCCAGAAGGAAGAAUUAUUAUUUCCUGGUUAGUUACUAAGGAUAUGAGUGUUGUUUCCUGUCUGGAAAGCAAGGCUGCUCUGGAUCUGGAUUCUGAGUGUCGGCUUGAGCAGGCAGGGCUGCAGAAGAUGGCGUGAGCUCCCGAAGAUGCUCCUGGGGCGGUGAGAAGCCAGGGCGUGAAAACAGCGACGGCCUCUCUCAGCGGUGCAGUAUUUAAAAUCGCCGUUGUUUUCGGCUGAAGGACUUAACCAUGUCCGAUCGGACUUGCUCAUUUUACAGAUGGGGAAAUAAGACAGACGCAGCAGGGUGAGAUCAGUUUCCUUACAAUUCAGGCAGCCAGUGAGAAGAGACUGAACCAGACCUAGACGAUAAGUUUGUUCUACAGCACCAGGCUAUUCUUCUAGCCCUUCGUGAGGCUGCCAUACUCGUGCUCAAGCUAAAGAAGGGCUGGCAAGUUGGAUCAGCGAGUAAAGGUGCUUGGGCAAGUCCGAGGUCCUGAGUUCCGUCGCUGAAGCUCACAUAAGGGCGGAAGGCCUCCACACGCGUGCUGUAGCACGCACACAGCCGUGACUGACGGGUGUGCACUUUAGCCUCCACACACAUGCUGUAGUACGCACACACGGCAGGAAGAUCAUGCACCGCCUAUGUUGUAUUCACACCUGAAAAAGUGGAACACUUCAGUUGUGACAAAGCCCGUUAGCACGGCUUCUUAUUGGACAUGUCAUAAACGCCUGUGUCACUGUAGAUGACAAACAAUUCCUUUCCUUCAUACAGCAGUGUUCCCGGGAAUUUGGACAAAUUGAUUAGAAUAAGAUUGAAAGCUGGGCAUGGUGGUGCCAGCCUGUAAUCACAGCAUGCGGGAGGCUGAGACAGGAAGACUGAGUCUGAGAUUGGCCUGGGGACAUAGUGAGAGCCCAUCUCAACCCCUCCCCCCAUAAAAAGAUGGAUGAUUUCCCCUCUUUCAGUAUAAGAUGCUCCCAGCUGUGGCAGCUGCUUGUCUUGACAGGAAAUUUGCACCAGUUGGGCAUCCUUUUGAGAAACUCAGGUUUGCAAAGGUCCACUGACUUCCCCAAACUGGAAAGCCUCAGGAAAUUGUCUAUUGCACAUAGGAAAUUCUGUUUUUAAGUAUAUUAUUUAUUGUUGGCAAGUCCUCAAUGACUGAUGUUUUCUAUCAAUCAGCAUAAUUGAUGUAAACGUGUUUCAUGAGUGUAGAAUAAUAUUUUAAUAUUUUAUUGCUUUUUUUUUCCUGCUUGAC